AUGAGUUCAGAUUGGCAUUCGUUACCAGUUAAACUCUCUGAAAAUAUCCUAGAAGCGAUUGAUGCAUUAGGAUUUAAAGAGUCUCUGCCUGUUCAGCAAUGUGUUAUUCCUCUUCUGUUAAAUUCAAAAGAUGUUGUAGCUGAAGCUAUUACUGGUUCUGGAAAAACCUUGGCAUUUGUUAUUCCAGUGUUGGAGAUAUUAUUUAAACGAGAACGCCCAUGGCAAACAUAUGAAAUUGGAGCAUUGAUUUUAUCUCCUACUUGUGAAUUAGCAAUUCAAAUAUAUGAUAUAGUAUUACAUUUUAUCAAGCAUAUCAAUGCAAAUUCCAAUAAACAUAAUUUCUCAGCGCUUGUUUUUACUAGUAGUGGACGUUCUAGUGGGGCGACAACAACAAAAUUUCAAGAUUUUAAAAAUUUCAAAGAAAAAGGUUCAAUUAUUCUUGUUGCUACACCUGGACGUUUAACUGAUUUAAUUCUAGCUGGUCCAGUUGUUGAUUUUGGUUUUGGUAAUAUGACUAAUCCUAUUAUAAGGGGACUACGAAGUAUGGAAGUUUUGAUACUUGAUGAAGCUGAUCGUCUUCUAGAAAUGGGAUUUGAAUCACAAAUAAACACUAUCUUAUCUUUCCUACCGAAACAACGAAGAACAGGGCUAUUUUCUGCGACUCAAACAAAUCGUGUUGAAGAUCUUGUUAGAGCUGGACUUCGUAAUCCAGUUCGUGUAACUGUGAGUCAACAAACACAAAAAGAGGUAGAAUGUGUGGAUAAUCAAACUUCACAACAACGUAUUCCAUCUGCACUUCAAAAUUUUUAUACUAUUGUUGAACCAGAUGAGAAAAUUUCUCUUAUUCUACGUUUUAUUUUAGCGCAUAGAAAUGAGAAAAUUUUAAUCUUUUUUGCUACAUGCGCAUGUGUAGAUUAUUUCUAUUCUAUACUCAGAGGACUCCUUUCAUUGAAACAAUCAAAACGUAUACAAAAACUACAUGGACAAUUAAACAAAAAUCGAUUUGAUCUUUUCAAUAAAUUUAAAGAAACAGCCAAUGGAAUCUUAUUAUGUACUGAUGUCAUGGCUCGUGGUAUAGAUAUUCCACAUAUUGACUGGGUGAUUCAAUGUGAUCCGCCAACAAAUGCAAAUGAAUUUGUUCAUCGUUGUGGUCGAACUGCUAGAUGUGGACUUGAAGGCAAUGCUUUAUUAUUUGUUACUCAAGAAGAAGCUGCCUACAUCAAUUUCUUACAUAUUAAUCAACAAGUUAAUUUAUUGCAUAUGGAACGUGAACAACUCAAUGAACAUUUAACUGCAUUCACUCUAGUUGAUUCAGUUGAUUCUGUCGCUGAACGAAUUCGAAAACUGUCUAAAAAAGAUAAACUAUUACAUGAGAAAGCAAUACGUGCAUUUGUUUCCUAUGUUCAAUUUUAUCGAAAACAUGAAUGUAAUUUACUACUGAAUUAUAAAAAAUUAGAUUAUGGUCGAUUGGCGAAUGGUUUCGGACUAUUAAAACUUCCAUUUAUGCCAGAAUUACGAACUGGUAAUGUUAGUGCAUUUAAUCCAUCCAAUGUAAAUAUAUCCAAAUUAACAUAUCGAGAUAAAAGUGUCGCUAAACAACGUGAAUUAAUGCAGUCGUCUACGGACAAAGCUAAAGAAAAAAAGCCUAAAUGGUUAAUUAAAAAACAAAAGAAUAAAUCAUGGAUUGCUAAACGAAAAAAAUCACGUAAAUUAAAAGCAUUAAAGAAACAACAGAAUUCAAUGCCUCAAUCGAUUGAUUUAGAAAAUUGUCAAAAAAAGAAGAAAAAGAAGAAAAAGUAUUAACAGAUGACAGUGUAAUCAAACAAGAAAGAGUAAAAGUGAUGAGAGACUUUUCAUAGCAUGGUCGACAUACGAAAAAGAAAACCUUGAGAACUUGAAACAUACAGGAAUUGGCUUUUUUGAGCCACUAACACUAUUGUAUAUAUAUAUAUGUAUACAUAUAUAAUAAUCAUUAUCAAACAUUUUGUCUUUCGUAUUAAAGUAGGUCUUCUAUUGUGUAUUUGAUAUGGAUAGAAACUAAUUUUAUCGUGUCUUCUUGAAUUGUUUAUCGUAAAUAUUUUUAUCUUUUUAAAGAUAACCCCAUGUUUU